AGCGUCUUACAACGCUUCUGAAACUGGUUCUCCCGAGGUAAGUUAGAAUCAUAGCAGCAAAUAGCAGCCAGUCUUCCGUCGACCGUUAGGAGGUGUGCAUCAAGUCGACACAGUAUUUUAAGUGUUGUUCAGAUAGCGAGAGAUAAGUCGCUAGGAAACUGACAAUGUUGUGUUCUUGUUGCGUGGCGAUAAUUGCCAUUCUCUACAUUUUAUUCGAUGUAAACUACUUUUUGAGAAUUAUUUUCACCAUCGUUUGGGGAAGACUUUUUGAAAAGAAGAAGAAACUCUUCGAUACGACAACGAUUUACGGUAUCUGCACUACUCAGGACGUUGACUUGGUCUUCAAGCACAUGAAUAACGCGCGAUAUUUGCGCGAGUUGGAUUUUGCGCGGUUUCAUUUUUAUGACAAGUCUGGAAUUUAUAACGCGGUUAUGAAAAGAGGUGGCGGUGCCGUUCAAGGUGCAUCCACUAUACGAUACCGCCGUGCAAUUCCUAUCUUUACACCAUUCAAGGUCACGACAAAGCUAAUUUACUGGGAAAGCAAACACUUUUAUGUAGAACAGCAGUUUAUUAGUCUCACGGACAAUUUUAUUCGUGCCGUUGUGUUGAGCAGGCAAACUGUAACUGGACUGAAUACUCCGGUAGAGGAGAUUGUCGCCGAAAUCGACCCGAAAGCACGCAGGCCGGAGCCAACCAAAGAACUUCAGCUUUGGCUGGAUUCUAUGGAAGAAUCGUCUCAAAGUUUAAAGAAGCAGAAAUAAAAGAAAUUAUUCUGUUCCAUGCGUUCGUUCGAAACGUUGUGUAUUUAAUUUUUAUUAGAAUGGUUUUUUUAUAUUACAGUUGAUUCUUCGUUAUAUUAUGAUGCGGUGUAGACUUGGUCUUAUGAAGUAUAUCUUGUUUACCUCAUUAUUACAAGUAGAUUAGAUUUAUGUUCUUGUUUGUGGUAUAUCGUUAUUUUCUAAGGUUUUUUGCUUAGAAAACAAUUUUUGUAUUAGAAACUGUAAUACCAAGUUGUACAUCUUAUUUUAAUGCAGCGUUGAGUAGAACUUUAUAUAAGCGUAGCAUAUCGUAAGAUGUUUCUCUUGUUGCUCUAUAAUUAGUAAAUUGUAGAAAUUUCACUAAAAAUAUUAUUCGUAGAGCGCUCGUAAUCUUAUGAACGCAAUUGGCUUUCAUAAUUGUAGAGCAUUAAUAUAGCUGAUGUACAAAUAUUAAUCUCAUAUUUAAAUAAUUUAAUAUUUUUCUUAUAUUCAAAUAAUUAAGUUCCUGAAGAACCAGUUUUAUCACAAUGUUGAUAAAAUGUUGACAAAAUUCUGUUUGUGCCAUUAAAUUUUCACUUAAACAACGAUCUGUAAUCUUAUUCGUUAUUCGAAAAUGAUUUCGUCAAUAAAUCAUCGAAAUUUUCGCAAAUUCGCACUCAUUA